UCCCUCUCCUCAGGCGGCCGCGCAUGCGCGGGGCGGUCCCGUCCCGCUGUGGCAGCGCCGAGGGCGAGCGCAGGCCUCAAGGAGAGGGCCGGGGGGAGGGGGCGCCGCCGCCAUGUUCCUCUGCGCUCCCCUGCGGGCCGCGGCCGCCCGCUCGAUAAGACAAAUCCGCUACUUGCAUGGAACACCAGCAUGCAGCUCCAGUGGAGGAGCCUUAUUUGUGCACAGGGAUAGUCCCGAAAAUAAUCCAGAUACUCCCUUUGAGUUCACACCUGAGAACAAAAAGCGAAUAGAAGCAAUCAUAAACAAUUACCCAGGGGGACACAAGUCUGCAGCUGUGAUGGCAGUACUAGAUCUGGCUCAAAGACAGCAUGGAUGGUUGCCCAUUUCAGCUAUGAACAAGGUUGCUGAAGUUUUAGAAAUGCCUCCCAUGAGAGUGUAUGAAGUAGCAACCUUCUAUACCAUGUAUAACCGUAAACCUGUUGGGAAAUACCAUAUCCAGGUCUGCACUACCACGCCUUGCAUGCUGCGGGACUCUGAUAGUAUUUUAGAAGCCAUCAAGAAGAAGCUUGGUAUAAAAGUUGGGGAAACAACACCUGAUAAACUCUUCACAUUGAUUGAAGUGGAAUGUCUGGGUGCUUGUGUAAAUGCACCGAUGGUACAAAUAAAUGACAACUAUUAUGAGGAUUUGACACCCAAAGAUAUCGAAGAGAUAAUUGAUGAGCUAAAGGCUGGCAAAGUUCCCAAACCUGGCCCAAGGAGUGGACGUUUUUCUUGUGAGCCAGCUGGUGGCCUUACAUCUCUGACCGAACCACCGAAAGGACCAGGUUUUGGAGUUCGAGCUGACCUCUAAGGAUGCCUCUAACGAUCUUUGUAAUAUAUGCUAAACUGUCUGAAAAUAAUAAAGUAACUUUAAUCUCAGUAAAAUGAUUUACGUUUUAAUAUUUUAAAAUGAAGGGAAGCAAUAGGAAUUAGUGUUUAGCUUACUGUGGUCUAAACUACAGUAAAGCCUAGUCAUGAUUCAGAUCAUUAAAAAAAUGGACAAAAGUGAUUCUGUAGAUUAUAAAGUGUCUAUUUGUGAUCAUUGAUAGAUAAAAAGAUGCAAUUUUAAUCUAUCACUGAAAAUUCUUUUAGCUAUUUCUGACUAAAGGCUCUUUAAAGAGGCAGCAAACCUAACUAAAUUUCAAGUUUGGCUAAUGCCCAAGGAACAAAGUGAAAGCAGAUUCUCAAAACUUUACUGCACGUUACUUUUAACGGCAAUUUAAACCAAACAAAAACAGGAAAGGUCCUCCUGUUCUUUUGAAAUUGGUGAUUCUUCUCAUGUCUGACUCUGCCUAUUAUCAUUCAGGAAGAGUGUGAAAACUGUCUUUUUGCCAUGUUACAGAAAAAAACCAAGUAGUAGUAGUAAUACUCUACUAAAAGAAUGAGCAACAAGAAACCACUUCCUCUACAAAUUUAUUUAACACAGCCAAAGUAUGCAGUUGGGGGGGGGAGGGGAGCUAGAGUAUACCAGAACGGUUUAAUACAUGGCUAAGUGUAAUAUGUGAAACUGUGAUUCACAGACCCUUCUUUGAUAUUAUUCCUGUGUAUCUGUUAAUUCUAAGAAAAUCUAAAAGUGUGAAAUUGAAGUAUUUCUCCGUUAAAAAAAUAAUAAAGUGACUGCUCAUUGACAGUCGGCACAUGUG